CUUCCAUCUCCAUCUCAUUCCCCCAUCCCACGCAAAAAAUUUCGCUAAUUCCAGCAAGGCCGCUUGCUACUUGCGCAUCUAUUUAUAUAAAUAAAUAUAUCUUAAUCCCUCCCUCAGAACUCAGAGGUGACUUCCGAGAAGAGAUCCUAAUCAAAACAAGCUGAUGGAAUUCUGGAGAAUUGUUUCUUUGCUUCUAACACUCCUCCUGUUAGGAAGUGCAGCCUCCGCUACCUUGUUCACGCUCCAAAACCACUGCGCCUACAUGGUCUGGCCAGGAACAUUAUCCGGCAAUGGUGGUGCCGUCCUCGGAGAGGGUGGCUUCUCUUUGGCACCCGGUGCAUCGGUACAGCUCACCGCACCACCCGGAUGGUCUGGUCGAUUUUGGGCUCGCACCGGAUGUAACUUUCACGACUCGGGAAACGGUAAGUGCAUCACCGGAGACUGCGGUGGACUAAAGUGUGCGGGCGGUGGCGCACCACCCGUUACACUCGCCGAGUUCACCACCGGUGUCAGCGGCACUAACAAUAUGGAUUUCUACGACGUAAGCCUCGUGGACGGCUACAAUGUAGGUAUGGGAGUAAGGGCGUCGGGUGGGACAGGAGCCUGCCAGUACGCUGGUUGUGUUGCCGAUCUCAACCAUAGCUGUCCAAAAGAACUGCAAGUAACCGACUCCGGCAACGUGGUAGCAUGCAAGAGUGCAUGUGCAGCGUUUAACACGCCGGAGUUCUGUUGCACUGGAGGCCACUCCACGCCGCAGACCUGCUCGCCGACCAGCUACUCGGAGAUGUUUAAGAGGGCCUGCCCGACGGCGUACAGUUACGCAUACGAUGAUGCAUCCAGCACGUGCACCUGCACCGGAUCUGAUUACUUGAUCACGUUCUGCCCCACCGGAUCGUGAUUAAAAUUUGGAUGAUACCCAGUAACCCAGACCCCAUUGUCGUCCUUUUUUUGUAAAAAAAAAAUAUUUUACUAUUGGAUUUUGAUUUUAGGAGGGCAGUGUUGGCAUUUAAUUUGUGUGGGGACAUAUUAUUAUUAUUUAUUAACUGGGUGUUGGCUAGUAGUAUUGGUUUUUCAUCUAUUA